UAAAAAGUACGUUGGAAACUAAAUGGUUGUGUACUAUCUACGCUGUCAUCUAUUUUGCAUUUUUUUAAUCAACAGUUAUUAUCUAAAAAUAGAAUGAAAAUAAAAUGUUCCCUAUAAAAGGUCCCAUUUUUACUGCAGAAGACAGAGAGGCAAGAAGAAGGAAGACAGCAAGAAAAAACAACGAAAAAAGGUUUUCUUCAAAAUGAAGUUGGUUGUUUUGCUUUUAACUUGUUUGGUUUUGUGCAGUGCGUAUGAACAACAAGAAGAAGAAUUUAAAGUCGACUUUUUGGAUCUAGAAUCGGUAUCCGAUGCAGUUCAAGAUGAUCGAUUCCAAGCAGAAUUGACGGAAGACGAAAAAGGAAUAUUUAAUGAAAUGAGUAAAGAUGAGCUAGCUGAGUUGUUAACCCACGAUGAAGACGAGGAUGAUUUUGACAUGUUAUCCGAAGAUAAAGAAAUGAGAGACCCUGGAUGGGGACGCCGACGUCGACGACGAUCGUCUCGCCGACGCCGACGUCGAGGAUGGUUAAGAAGAACUGCUAAAAAAGUAAGGAAACUUAUUAAGAAGCAUGGCAAGGUCAUCAAAGGUGCUUCCAAAAUAUUGCGAAAAAAGCUUCAUACCUGCUGCAGCACAUAUGGAAGCAAAUGUUACGGUGAAUGGUACUGCUUUGCUGGACCCCGUAGGGGAUAACUCCAAUUAACUGCCCAAUCAAAAAAAAUAAACGUGUUUUUUAAAAUAUAUCUAUAACUUUGUAUUACGCACUGAAUAGUAAAUAAAUUGUCAUUGUGGA